CCCUACCCCGCCAAUCGCAGGAGCCCAGAGCCAGCCUCGUCUGCCGUCCUCCCGCCGUGGGGCCUUUAGGGCAGUGAAUCGGGGACUCGGGGCCCAUAGGGGCGCGAGGCGGGGCGACCCCAUCCGGGCGCUUGCGGGCUGGGACUCUGCCUACUCCCACGGGACUCGUUGAGGAAGAGGAAGUUAUGGCCUCCGGGCUUCCGACGGAUUGGUUCCGUGAACCAGUGACCUUUGAAGAUGUGGCCUUGGGUUUUACCCCAGAUGAGUGGGGAAAGCUGGACCUCGAACAGAAGUCCCUGUACAGGGAGGUGAUGCUGGAGAACUACAGGAACCUGGUCUCAGUGGAACAUCAGCUUUCCAAGCCAGAUGUGGUAUCUCAGUUAGAGGAAGAGGAAGAGCUGUGGUCGGUGGAGAGAGGAAUUCCUCAAGACACCUUUUCAGAGUGUCCUAAGGCUCAGUUGGAACCUCAGUUGGAUCCUUUUCCUGCUGGGAAUCCCCUGAUGAAGAUCGAGGUGGUUGAAGUCCUCACCCUGAACCAGGAGGUGGCUGUUCCCCGGAAUGCCCAGAUCCGGGCUCUGUAUGCUGACGAUGAGGGCCUGAGCCCAGAGGUUCUCAGGGAGCCCCCUCAACAUCUGGAUAAGCCUACGGCUGAUCCUGAGAUGGCUCGGCAGAGGUUCCGGGGUUUCCACUUUGAGGAGGUGGCUGGUCCCCGCGAGGCGCUGGCCCAGCUCCGGGAGCUCUGCCGCCAGUGGCUGCAGCCCGAGGCGCACUCCAAGGACCAGAUGCUGGAGCUGCUGGUGCUGGAGCAGUUCCUGGGCGCACUGCCUGAGAAGCUGCGGCUAUGGGUGGAGUCGCAGCACCCAGUGGACUGCCGGCAGGCAGUGGCCCUGGUGGAGGACGUGACCUGGAUCUCUGAGGAGGAAACACCGCCCGCCCAGGGCCCCCCCGGCGCUCUCCCUCCCGCAGCUCAGCAGGACGCAGCCACCUGGCCCACGAAGGCACUGCCCGAGGAUCCAGUGACCUUCCUGGACGUGGCUGUGGACUUCAGCACGGAGGAGUGGGGGCUGCUGGACCCAACACAGCGGACUGAGUACCACGACGUGAUGCUGGAGACCUUCGGACACCUGGUGUCUGUGGGGUGGGAGACGACCCUGGACAGCAAGCAGUUAACGCCACAGCCUGGACCUCCUGAGGAGGGGCCCGCCUGCCCCCUGAAGGAGGAGAAGGGGUCCUCGGCGGAUGACGCCCAGCCCUCCACCUCCGGAGAGGCUCUGGGGGCCGGGGCCCCGGGAGUCUGGGACACAGCGCUGAAACCGGUGACACUCGCUUCGGAAAAUACCCUGCCCCCGCAGCCGCCCGGGGACAGCCCCCAACCCCAGGCGAGCAGAGGCCCGGACCCCGGCCGCGGCGCCCUCCAGAAGGCUGUUCCUAGAAAGCGCCUGCGCAGGCGCGACCCCCGGCUUAAACGGGGGACUCGCGGCGCACGCGUCAAGCUUCCUCCAAAGCGCGGCGGCGCCGGGAAGGCUGUGGAGAGCGGCGGCGACGGGGGCCGGAGGCCCUGCGCCCGGAACGCCCCGCAGAUCACCUUCACGCGGAUUCACAAAGGGAGCCAGGUGUGCCGGUGCAGCGAAUGCGGGAAGACGUUCCGGAAUCCCAGGUACUUCUCGGUGCACAAGAAGAUCCACACGGGGGAGAAGCCCUAUGUGUGUCGGGACUGCGGGAAGGCGUUCGUGCAGAGCUCCUCCCUCAGGCAGCACCAGAGGGUUCACACCGGGGAGAGACCCUUCGUGUGUCACGAGUGCGGGAGGACUUUCAACGACCGCUCGGCCAUCUCCCAGCACCUGCGGACCCACACCGGGGCCAAGCCCUACCCGUGUCCGGACUGCGGCAAGGCCUUCCGCCAGAGCUCCCAUCUCAUCCGGCAUCAGAGGACUCACACCGGCGAGCGCCCCUACACCUGUAGCAAGUGCGGAAAGGCCUUCACGCAGAGCUCGCACCUGAUAGGGCACCAGAAGACGCACAGCAGGGUGAAAUGCAAGAAGAAAUAGCCUACCUCCCCGCUCUCAAGCCGUUUGAGGAGGCGUCACCUUUGCAGCAGUGUCGCCUGAGGAAACCUGGUUGGGAUUCGGAUGUGAAUGAAAAGUCUCUGGUGAUGAAAUUCUCAAGACCCAAGGAUGACCAGGAACACCGCCCUGCACUUAAGAAAACCAGUGGGGAGUUACUGCCAAUGAAUACAUCAGUCGCUCCUAGGUGUUUGCUCAGUUGACUUGCCGUUCUAAUUUGUUUGUUCAUUGGUUGUUAAAAGUAAUAACUAGUGAAACCUGAAAAUGCUUAUAACGUAAGUUUAAAAAAACAGAUACCAAGAAGUCUGUGCACUGAUGUUUGUGGUAAAGUAUUUAUGCGUAUGGACAAGGGUUGAAAGAGAACUUGGAUAAAUAAACUAUAUAUUUCUGUA